UGAAGAAAAAGUUGAAUCUCACAGUGAGCUUAGAGUUUGGCAAGAAAAAACAAAAACAAAAACUUAGAAAGUUGAAGUUAUUUGCCCUUAACUCAUGAGUCUUUCACUCCAAGCAUGUUUUGCUUUGGCACUCACAAGUAUUGGAGAGGGAAGAACAAGAAGUGUGUGGAAUGGCACACAGACAGCAUGUUUCAACUCACUUAAACAAUGAACUUUCCCUCUAUUUCUACACUGUAAAAGCUAAAGAAAGCUUUAUUGACUUUGCAACCAUGGCAUCUCUUCCACAUCUCCCCCUUCCUCAACAAGCUAUCUCAUACCUAAGUCUGCUGUUUCUCCUGCACGUUCUACCGAUCACCAUAUCACAAGGUCCAACCAUAUCAACUCCCACCAUAGCUCAAUGCACGACGAGUAUUCUUCCAUUGGCUUCUUGUGCACCUUUUGUGCAAGGUGUAACACCAACACCACCUAUGGGAUGCUGUGAUAACCUGAAACAACUCUACAACGUUGUCCCUAACUGCCUUUGCCUCUUGCUGAAUGGCACUAACUUAAGCUCUUUCCCUAUCAACACUACUAGAGCCCUCCAGCUGCCUGAUAUUUGCAGCCUUCAAGUUAACAUCUCCACUUGUUCAGCUCUCCUUGGGCCACCUAGUCCACCCAGUUCUCAUGUUCCUCCUAGAGUACACAUCAACUCCACAAUUAGCAAUGCUACGGUUCUAGCUUCUCCAAUGACUCAACCAACACCAAAACCUAGCAUUGUGGGUUUAGGAUUGGGCAAGAUCAGUGCUAGUUUCAAAUUAAAGGGAGGAAUUCAGCUCACAGUAGUGAUAACAAUAAGCACUUUUCUGUUUCUAGUAGUACUUUAUUGAAAUAAAUUAUCAUAUGAUGUAUGGGGUUGCUUCAGCAGCUAGCAGUGAUGUUCUUCUUUAUUAGACUUCUACUAGAUUGUUUUAGUUAAAUACGCUCUUAACAAAAUAUAGUUGUUUCUUUAGCAUUUUAACGUU